AUGAACGCACCCAAUGUCGAGAUCUACGGGAGGAGGUUCAGAGGAGCGGGAGACACGGCUGCCUUUCUGGGAACACAGGAGAGUGGUGCAAACAGGGAUGGUGGUGUUCGAGGAAACGGAGGAAAGGGAACGGCGCGCAAUGAACCCAGACGAGGCGCCUUCCAGUACGGUGGGUUCAGGGUUGGUGUGGAGAGUGGAAGAGGGUUCGGCAGGUUUGGCUCGGGUGGCGCUGAAGUGGUGUGGAUGGAGAGCACGCCUGGUUCUCGCGGAGGUGUGGGCGGAAGCGAGAGGGCUGGUCUAGGUGGGGCUGGCCUGGGUACGAGUAUGGGAGCAGAACUGGGGGCUGCGGGACUAGGAUCUGGUGCUGGUGCUAGCCUCGUGGGCGGGGGGCUUGGAGGGGGGGGGGGGGAGCUGGCCUUGGGGGAGCUGGCAACGGGCCAAUACAUCUUAGAGCCGGGAGGGGAGCUGGACUUGGGGGCGUGGGGGUUGGAAUCGGAGGGGGGGGAGGUGGCAUUAGGGGCGUGCACCUUGGAACCGGGAUGGGAGCAACCCUUGGGGGUGUCGGGCUGGGCGCCGGGAGGGGGGCUGGACUUGGGGCUGUGCAUCUUGGAGCCUGGAGGGAAGGUGGACUUGGGGGCGUGGGUGUUGGAACCGGGGGGGGAGGUGGCCUUGGAGGCGUGCACCUUGGAGCCGGGAGGGGAGAUGGAGGCGGGUUAUGGUCGCGGCGACAGCAACGGCGUAGGAGGUGUUGAUGGGGGACUGCACGGGCCAGAUGGGAGUGCUGGUCGAGCUGGGGUGGGUGGCUCAAGUUUCUCCACGGAUGAUGAUGUGAACAUUGGCCCACCUGGUCGGUCAGUGGAGGAAGGGUUUGGGUCGGCGGAACGAGGGAGGGUGCCUUUCGACGUGGACGCACUACUCCAGAGAGCACGCGAAGGGUACACGCCCGCAACCAUCAACACCGGGGUCAACCAGGGUACAGCGGGUGCACGGCGAGGCACCGACUGGCGAUCGAUAGCUUUGGAUGAGGAGGACCAGCUGCAUUCGGGAUUGGCAUAG